AAACAGACAGCUCAACUCACCAGCACGUACGACGACUACUCACUCGCCUCACGCGCGGUGGACGGUAACACCAACACUACCUACAUGGGAAGCUCGUGCGUGCACACAAAGGAAUCUGACAGUAACCCGGCCUUGACCCUGACCCUCUCACGGCCCUACCUGCUGACCAGGUACGAGGUGUACAACAGAUACGACGACAAAUGUUGUCCUGAGCGACUGAAAGGUUUUACCCUAAAGAGCUACAACGACCAGACUCUCGUCUACAACUACACCGAUGUUGCCAGUGAAGCUUUGAGACAGUACACGAUAGUCCCAAACAGGGGCGGUAACCCCGUCACUCGUGUCAACAUAGCGGCCAACUACAUCGAACCCAGUACUCGGAAAAAGAUCUUGUCGUUGUGUGAACUGGAGAUGUAUGGGGACUCUAUUUGUCCAGCUGGUCGAUACGGCAUUGACUGCUCCAGCACGUGCAUGUGCCAGAACAAGAGUGAGCCGUGUCAUGUCGCCACUGGUCUGUGUCCGUCUGUUUGUUCUGCUGGAUACUGGGGUCAAGGCUGUCAUUACGAAUGCCCCGUUGGCAGAUGGGGCAUCGGCUGCCUGCAGACCUGCAGUGAAUCGUGUGAGGGUGGUCAGUGUGAGAAGACCUCUGGUGUGUGUACACACGGCUGUGUGGGCUACACGUCACCCAACUGUUCACAAGUCUGUAAGCCAGGCUGGUAUGGCUCCAACUGUUCCUUGUCCUGUGACGUCAACUGUCUAGACCCGUGUCAUCACAUUACAGGCAAUUGUACUCUAGACGUGCCGGUUAGUGUCGACAACGUGCCGGUUGGUGUUGACAACAUCACCCAUGGUCAGAACUGCAGCAACCUGAACGGCUCGUCCUGCGUAGAAGAUGCUGAUCGCGGGAACGGAUCCCAUGUGGAAGGAUGUGGAGACGGUCGCACUGGUGAAGAUUGUGUAACAGGUCUACCCACAGUCGAUACGAAGUCAACUUCCAGUAUCGGCGUGGUAAUCGGUAUCGCUGUCGCCGUUGUCAUAGUCGUCACAGUAGUCGGCGUAGGUAUCGCGGUGUACUGCAGGAGAAUCCGAGCCUCGCCUAAAAUCGAUCAUGAGAAUCUGCACAAGUCUGAGAAUUCUGGAACUCUCAGCUUGAUCGAACGUCUGUACCGCGGUAUGCUGGCUAGGGACAUGCUGUGGUCAGAGAGUGCUACAAGCAUCACCUCAAGCAAGGAAAAGGUCAAGAAACCGGACACAGGACUGACCAGUCUGGACCAGAUAUCAGAAGAAAAAACUGUCACAGAUUCUCAGCCAAAGGGAAAACUAGGACAAGAAAAACCGGAAAUUGAAGAGAAACAAGCCACGCAGCUUCCGCCGGAAGUAGAUACCAUGUACUCCAAUAACAAAAUUGUGAAGAAAAGUAGUUCUGUGGACAUGGACGAUCUGUACAACUGCCCUGUCGAGAACGAUAACAAGGUAAAUGAGAUGAGAGAUCAAUACGCCCACCCUACUUCCAACCUUCCUGUAGACAAACAUAAGGAAACUACGAAGGAAAGUCACCCCUACGUCCACCCUACUUCCAACCUUCCUUUCCUGAAGAAAAAGAAAACUCCUAAAGAAAGUGACCACUACGUCCACCCUACUUCCAACCUUUCUGUAGAUAAACAUAAGGAAACUCCGAAGGAAAGUGACCACUAUGUCCACCCAACUUCCAACCUUCCUGUCUUAAAGAACAAGAAAACUCCGAAACAAGGUGCAAAGUGUAUCCAACCUACCUCCAAGAAGACCAAGGUGACAGAACAAUCUCAGAGGCCGAGUGACCAUUACGUCCAGCCAAAGUCUAACUUUCCCAUCAAUUUAGUACAACGUAAGGAGCUAAACGACCAGUCGGCCCCACCCCCACCAGCCCACCACAGACCUGUUGGAACAAUCAACCCAGUUUUUGUGUAUGACAACAGCGUUUUUUCCAAAUGUGGUGAAAUUGACGUGUAUGAAAAUGACGGUCUUUCAAAAUGUGACAAAACUGGUGGCAUUGAAAAUAAAGGAUUGUCAAAUUGUGACAAAACUGGCGGCAUGGAAAAUAAAGGCUUCUCAAAAUGUGACAAAACUGGUGGCAUUGAAAAUAAAGGAUUGUCAAAUUGUGACAAAACUGGCGGCAUGGAAAAUAAAGGAUUGUCAAAUUGUGACAAAACUGGGGACAUUGAAAAUAAAGGCUUGUCAAAAUCUGACAAAACUGGUGGCAUCGAAAAUAAAGGCUUCUCAAAAUGUGACGAAAUUGACGUAUACGAAAACGGGGGUCUCUCAAAAAGUGACGAAAUCGAUGUUUAUGAAAACUAAUACUUUUUCGGGGGAUAAUGAACUAUUAACGUUUGUGCGAACAAUGUUACAGACAUUUAGAACCACGCUAGUGCCUUUUAUUAACUGAAAAGUAUCGCAAAACAAAUGCUAAAUUUAGAACAUU